GACAGCACAGCACGACGGAAAAGACAAAUAAGUCAUAAUAUGUUCAAGAACAUUUGUGACGGGAGCAGUAAACAAUGAUAGAAUUCUAUAAUAAUAGUAGUUUCCGCCGAAGUUUACACAUUGCCCGAUGACGCGACGCUCCAAUCCGGAAGGGGGCGUCAAUCCAUCUACAAGGCGUUUGCCAACUGCCACAAAAAAAAACAAACAGAAGAAGAAGGAGCCAAAGGACCUUUAAACAGAGGAACAAAACAGAUCAAGAGGAGCACGGUCGAGUUUUCCACUUCAGAGCUGAGCCAUUUAAAAGUGUCAGUCUCCAGUUCUGGAGACUUGAAUGAGACUAAUUUCAACAGUGUCUGGAGUGCAGCUCUAGUCCAAGAUGCCUCUAAACGACGAGCGUCCCACGUCCACGUCCAGCGGCGAGGACCAAGGCAGUGACGCCGAGUCGUCGUCAGAGCGCUGCAACAGCAUGACCAUGGGCAGCGACCCGGAGUCGUCACGCGAAAGCUUCACCAGCGACUGCUCCAGCACACCCUCCUCCAGCCCGCCUAAAACCAUAACCCUUGAUGAAGUCAUGGACACUGCGAAGGACCUGUUCAAUCUCAGCCUCUCCCAUGAAAUCAUCAUGAACCGAAGUUUUCACCUGGAGCCACGCAACCUACCUCAGAAUAGUUUAUGGAAGGCAGUUAGAGAUAACAUGCACAAGGCCUUCUGGGACAUCCUUGAGACUGAGCUGAACGAUGACCCGCCCGAGUAUGGACAAGCCAUUAGAUUACUGGAGGAGAUCAGAGAGAUCUUGCUGUCGUUCCUUAACCCGGGGGCUAAUCGGAUGAGGACCCAGAUCAUGGAGGUGCUGGACACGGACCUGAUACGCCAACAGGCCGACAACGACGCCGUGGACAUCCAGGGCCUCGCCUCCUACAUCAUCUCCACCAUGGGCAAGAUGUGUGCGCCGGUGAGGGACGACGAAAUCAAGAAGCUCCGGGAGAGCACGGACAACAUCGUGACACUCUUCAGGGAGAUAUUCCGUGUUCUGGACCUGAUGAAGGCAGACUUUGUCAACUUUACAAUUGAAAACCUCAGGCCGUUGCUGCAGAGGCACAGCGUUGAGUAUGAGAGAGCAGUGUUUCAGAGCAUCCUGGACAAAACUCCCAGUGCUUUAGACAACACCACCUCCUGGAUCAAGUUGGCCCUGGAGGAGCUGUUGUCAGCCACCGCCCCCCCCACAGAACAGAAUAACGGUCACGGGAAAGGACAGCGGCCGCUGCCGGGGCCUUUACAGGUCCUCAAUGUUGCCUUUCUCCACGUCCUCACAUGGGACUACUCCAAGAGCCCCCUGCCUGAGACCUUGAUGACGGAUGAAAACCGUCUGAGAGACAUUCAGAGGCAGCUCCAGCAGUGUCAGGCGGUGAAUGAGGUGCUCUCCAUUGUCUUCAGCACCAUCGGUGGACCCAUCCAGGGCCUGCCCGCGCUCUCUGACCGGCUGAAGAGGAUGAUCAACGUGCUUUUGGAUGGCAUGCACACACCGAGCUUUAACCUAGAAGAGUCACUAGAGGGCGUCAGCGCUCAGAUCUGCUGUGAGCUCAACAAGUCUUUAACGGAGAGAGACUACCCUGCACUGACCCCAGCGCUGCAGGCCACCCUAAAGGGCCAGAUCUGCAGCAUCACCCAGAAGGACAAUCCAAUCCGAACUCUAGUUGAGGACCGGGUGCAGCAGUACUUCGUGGCGCUCCUCAGUCACCCCAAACCCCAGGACAAACUCGAACAAGUACCCGCCGGCUUGCUUGCGAUCAAGCCUGAACUAGUGUCGAUGGGAUCGAAGUUCGUCUCCCUGGUCAACUACAACAAGACUGUCUAUGGACCUUUCUACGUGGACAUCAUCAGGAAGCUGAUGUUCAGCGACGGCCCACCAGCGGCAGGCCCACCUCAGGACAGAGCUCACAACUCCGUCGCCCCCAAUUAAAUACCAAAACACGGCUCGUGCAGCUACAGAAGUCUGUUUUUCUAUUAGAUUUAGCAAAAGCUGAAGCUGUAGGGGAGAAUAUUAAAACACUGUCAAACCGGUGAUUAUAAUACAAAGAAAGGAGGAACUAGUGGGAUGCAUUUAAUGUGACCUACAUCUUUUGCGAUAAAUGCUCUAAAAUAUGGAUCUCACCAGCCAUGACGACAAAGCGUCCACACCCUUCUGAUACCAGCGAACGCCUGCAACGAUUAGUGGCAUUUUGAGACAAAGGACCUGAACCAGUUUGUCCCCAAGCAGGCAGCCAGACGAACACAUAAUAACCUUCUAGUAGUAUUCACAACCGCCCAUGACUAAGACACACACACAAACAUGCAGAAGGCCUCACGAGGUGAAUACAAUACCAGCGAAAAGCUCAGCUGAUAUGUUUGGGGAAUUACACAUGUGUCAAAAGCGAAACAAACUAAUUCUGGACUUGCUGCAUGUUUUACUAAUUACUAGCGGAACAGAUCUAUUUUUGAACCCAGUUUAGUUUUGAUUUGACAAAACAAGCUUUACAUACAUAUCCCUACGUGCACAUGUUUUUUGCAACACUGUCAUGGCUGAUAACCAGAAACCCAGUGUUAAAAUGAUCCAUUUCCAAUCCUAAAUAGUGACACCCCAUUUGAUAAACUCAUUUUUAAUGUUGUGGGCAAAUAAGAGAAACAAAAAAAGGCAAAAACUUAAGUAUUUGUAAUACAUACAGCCAUCUUUAUACAUCAGAGGAAGAAGCUUAUAUAUUUAGAAGAGUAGCAUUUCAGAUUCUUUACAUAUAACAAGUUGUUUAUCAGUAUAUAUUAUAACUGUAGUUCAUUAAAUAGCAAGUGCCACAUUUCAGGACGUUAAUGUAAAACACGAGAGAGCCCUUUGUCCUCAUUGUAGUUCCUGUUAUUUUUCCAGCCUGAGAACUAAACCUUCCGUAUUAUUUGUAAUCCGUUCUGCGUUUUGAUGUCUCGGAGAAACUUGUUUGCAUGUGUGGAUUUUUUUUUUUUUUUAGUUUUACUUGAGUAAUAUUUGUCACUAUCCGUUGUAUGUUAUGUACUUAUUAUCUGCCAGUUGAGUACUAGCUGUAUUGAUUUUAAUUGCUAUGCUUGUUACAUUUCGCGGUACUGUCAUUUAUUUUUUUUUUUUCACAGUAUUGCUGCGUUGGCUCUUGGAACACGUCGGGAAACGAAAGGUGCUGAAAUCGAAAGCGAAUUUCGCUUCCGAAAUUUCCAGCGGACCGUUAAAUGCACAAAGAAAAGUAGUUUACUUGAAAAAGUGGGAAGUUGUUUUUGUUUUCUUCUGUACCACAGUUAAUAUAAUAAAACUUCAAAAAGAAAA